CCUCCUCCUCCUCCUCCUCCUCAUAGACAGCAGCUGUGGAAACGGAGGCGCGCCGCCGCCUCCUGCAGGCUAUAUAAGGCAGUGCGCGUGCGCGGCCUGGCCCCCGCGUGGCCAAGCAUCAGGUGUGAAUUCAGCGUCUCUGAGGAAAACGGCGCGAGGUGCGGCUCUUUGAUCGCUUUGAAGCGUUGGUCUCGCGCCAUAUUUGGGUUUAAAUGUCUCCUGGUUUCUGAUCUGAAGUUGGAGUCUUUGUUCUGCUCCUGGUUGGGUUCUCCUCUCACCUGUCCCUCCUGCAGCAGGCCUCCUCAUCAUGGUGCAGCUAUCUCCACCCCGGUCCCUGGAUGUGACAGAGGAACCCGAAGGCCAGCAGGAGCAGAGGGUGGAGAACCUGGAGGUGUCCACCACCUACCAAGGCUAUGAGACCUACAUAGAAGAUGGCCUCAUCUGCCUGAAGCACAAAGUCCGCAACUUGGAGAAGAAGAAGCUGAAGCUGAAGGAGUACCAGAAGAGGCUGGUCCAGGGGGAGGUCCUCAACAAAGAUCAGAUGGCUGCUGUAGAGAAGUUUGACCAGGUGCUCCAUCACCUGGAGUUCGCCCGGGAGAUGCACAGAACCCUGGAUGGCCUGACCCAGAGCCUGUUGAAGGCUCAGAAAAAGGCGGUUAAGCAGGAGCAGGCUGAGAAGCUGGAGGCUGAGAGGAGGCGUCUGACCCUGAUGCUCCAGUUCCAGAACCUUCUGGUUGUUCUCCAGCAGGAACAUGUGAGGAAGGAGCUGAUGGCAGGAAGCAGUGACGCUCCCUACAUCCCAGCUCCGCUGCUGCACAGCCUGAACCAGCUGGCUGCCUUGUUGGGGGUCACCAGGGACGGCCAGCUGAGCCUGGAGGAGCAGAUGGAGCAGGCGGCCUCGGCCUACAUGGACCUCCUGGAUGGGAAGGAGAAACCUGUGGUUGGUUCGACAUAUAAGCGGCUGAAGGAGGAGCUCCUCAGACUGUUGAACUACAAGUUCUUCAGCCGUCCACCGCCCCCCCCCAGCAGGACUCCAGUGCGUUCAGUGAGCUCGGCUGGUCAGAGUGCUUUAAAAUUCAUGCCACAGGAAAAGUCAAAGGAGUUUUUGAACAGGCUCUACCAGACUGACGUGGAGACUGCUGAUGGGAAGGACUGGAAGGAGGACUUUAAGGCUGUGAGGGAGCGGGAGCCUCCAGAUAGCUGGGAUGCAGACUUCCCUGAUGGAGCCAUGUCUCCACAAACUCCAGCUAACAAACCGUGGAAGGGGGCGGCCACUUUCAUCCCUAAAGUUCCCUCCAAAGCCUGCUCUGCUGAGAGCAAACGGCCUAAUCAAAUGAAUAUACUGGUGGAGGUCUUCAGCUCCCCGUCUGCCUUACCCGAAGACCCCGUACUCCGGAAGCAGCAUCUGGAGGAUCUCAUGACAAAGAUCCAUGGCUCCUUCAGCUUCAUGCAGGACUCCCUCCUGGAUGGUGAGACAUCACUGACCAAUGGUACACCCAGGCUAACUAGGCGUUCACCUGGAGCGCUCUCUCCUCUAGCCCAGGGAUGUCUGAGAAGCCCUCCUGAUUUUCUGGCCAAAACUCUGCAUUCGACCCCAUUACCUCCCAGGCUGAGGGAGCGCAAAGCCAGUAUGACGAGUGGGGAUCAGAGCCUGGAGACCAGUGACCUGGAGCCCUCUGUGAAGCACCAGUCCCAAGAGUCGCUCCAGCUGACUGAAAGGAAGCGGCAUUCCUCACCGCCUCUGUACCACCGGGAGGCUCUAGUAUCUGGCCAGGAAGAGAAGAACUGUUCACAUACCCCAGGAAGUGACUCAGGGAAGCAGUCCCCCUGUAAUGGGCUGAGGUCCAACACCUCCACUCCACCCCAGGCAGAGUCCUUCUCCACCCCUCCAAUGAGGAGAGCUCUCACUACAUCCCAGUUCCAGAACAUUCACUCGGUCUUCAAAAUGGCUGCAUCCUUACCCCACAACGGAGAGCUGCACUACAAAUCCCAUGGUGCAGUCUGCUCUGGGCCCAAGUACAGCACUGCCAGUACCCAGACCCCGCCAGAGUUCGCCCCCCCAGAUGAUGAGCUCCUGAUGGGGUACCAGUCGGACUACUCGGCCAUUAAUGGUGGACAGAUCUUCCCGUCCCCCGGCUUCUCCGCUCCAUCCUACACCAGAGGAUCUGUCAGAGGUAUGGCACCUGGUGGCAAGGGAGCGCCCCACACCUGUUGGUCCUCUGGGCGCCAAGGAGGACCCUAUGCCCCCCCACCUCAUCUCAGGGACUCUGGCCCUCUUCUCUAUGCGGCUAAAGACUCUGGAUAUCAGCACAUGUUCAGACGAGGAGGAGGCAGACAUGGCUGCAAUGCAGCCUGGAGUGACUCUUCCCCGGUGAGCAGCCCCGACAGGGAUGGAGCGUUUACCAUGGUGGACUCGGGUCACGGGGAUUCCCUGUCCGUGUCGACGGUGGAGGUGCCGCUGACGCCGCACAGCCAUCCGCCUGCCGCCUUACUCCCCAUGCCUCUCUACCCGCUCUCCCAGCCGCUGCGCGUGGCCUUCACUGCCUCUCGCACCGCCAACUUUGCACCAGGAAACCUUGACCAGCCUAUAGUGUUUGACCAGCUGCAUAGCAACCUGGGGGAGAUGUACGACGCCCACAUCGGCCGCUUCACCUGUCCUGUGAACGGGACCUACGUGUUCAUCUUUCACAUCUUGAAGCUCGCCAUCAACGUUCCCCUCUACGUCAACCUCAUGCGAAACGAGGAGGUGAUGGUCUCUGCGUAUGCUAACGACGGAGCCCCCGACCACGAGACCGCCAGCAACCACGCCAUUCUGCCACUCUUCCAAGGAGACCAGGUGUGGCUCAGGCUGCACCGCGGCGCCAUCUAUGGCAGCACAUGGAAGUACAGCACAUUUUCAGGCUUCUUGCUUUAUCAGGAAUGAAAGAUUAGAAUGAGGGUUGGUGUUUCACUAAGGUUUCAGGACCUACUCUGGUUUUCCCCUCUGCAAAAGGCUAAAACUAUGCGCUAGUAUCCGGUGCUGUCACACAGAAGCCAUUUUUUUUUUUUUUUUUAGAUCAAAGUUAAAAGCAGUCGCCAUAAAACCAUGCUACACUUCACCUGCACGGCCUGUAGGUUUGACCUCCCAAUGACUUCUAUGCAAUGUUCCUGAUCGAUUUUCUGGAAGGCGUUUGGUAACCUAGCAGCAGCUGCAUGGGUCGCAGCUUUCUGCCGUAGAAACCAUGACGAUGAGGGGGGGAUGCUGGUGUUGGUGGUGGGUGUGGUGCCGUACACAUGAGACUAGAAAUGAGCACCGACAUGCCUUUUUGUGGAAUACAGGAGGUUU